AUGGGCACCCCCUCAAACCCCGAAGUGAGCCCCGAAUCAAUUCCCUCCUUCGUCUACCGAGUCCACCGCAAUCGGUCCCAAACCCAGUACGACUUCAGCACUGGCUUCCGCGCCAAGAAUCAAACCACCAUUAUCAACCAGCUCUUCCAUCUCGAUCGCUUUGGUCUGGCCCACCUUCACCAGCAGACGAAUAUCUCUUCGCCGUUUAUCAGCGUUUACAGGAGCCAGGCUCACGCCGAGGAGGUUGCACGCUACUUUGCUAGGCUGUAUGAUGAAGACACCUGGGUCGUCACUAUUGAUACAAAUCAUUUGUCGCGUGGUCCUGUCUUCUGGGCGGCGAAUUUGCUCAAGGGACAGGAGCUGACGGCAGCACAGUUGUGGUUGCAUGAGGGCGAGUACUUGUGUCUGUACCGGAUUAGCCCGCAGGCUAUUCGGGAUCAGACGCGGGUGGUGAGGAAAGAGAGCCGCGACUAUGGGGUCAUCGGUGGCCGUCGUUGA